AUGACAACGCUACUCUCUACGGUAAAACACGAGGUAUUACAUGUCCCCCAGACCUCCGCUCCACAAAGAGCAUUUACAGUGCCUAAGGCGAAGUCAUUGGAUGCGCGACAAAAAGGGCAACUGAUUGACUUGGUAAGCCAAGGUUUAGAAUGAACCAUCUGAACAGUAACACUUUAUUAACAAUGGUAUUUCCAGAUCCAUUAUCAUCAAGAAUUGUGGAAUUCUUCGAAUCCCAACUUCCGAAACAAAGCCAAAAUGGCCGAAGCCUGGACCCACAUCGCCGCCGUUAUGAACGACCCCAACCACGAAUAUACGAUCGACUUUUUGAAGCAGGCCUACAAACAUCUCCGCGACACCUUCCACAGAUACUGCAGGCUGGAACAACAGGGAUUACAGACGGAAAUACGGGAGAAGUGGCCGUACAACGAAAAGUUUCGAUUUCUGAGUGAGGAGGAGAAGAAAGUGGCCAGUCUGGGACAUCAGAGGAGGCAUACAGACGCCAUACGGUAGGGAUUACGGUAAUUUGGGGAGAUAAUUUGUUUAAUGUGAUCAGGCAUUUUACGGAAUUUCUCGGAGGCCUGGGGCCCCAAUUUCCUCAAAUUUAGCACAAUUCCUCUGCAUGAGCCAUACAUAUUUGAAUAAAUUUUUGCUCUCAGUUUGCAGACCAACCAAUAUUCACCAAUUUUUGUGAGAGCCUAUGGAAAAAUGAUGACAAUUUCAGCCCGAAACUUCCGAAAGCUCGAUCGCCAGCAAUCCAAAGAAAAUCCUCGAAUCCCGAGAUGUCCGCGGCCUCGGAAUCCACUGCAGACCGUAAACGAAAGCUCUCGGAUCCCCUGGAAAUUGGGCAAAGGAAGAAACCGCAAGUGAUCGUGUCGCCGAAGGUCCAGGAAUCUGUCAUCCAACCGAAUCUUCCGUCGACUUCGAGUCCGGUUUCCGAUAAUUCGAUGCAUUUCUGUCCUCAAAACACUUUUGAGGAUACCGGGUCCAUUAUGAAAACCCUUUAUGACACUUUGGGUAAGUCUAUUUGUCAAUGCAAAUGAUUUUUGUCGCAAGGAUUAUACAUUUUUGUAUCGCAACUAACAUCAUGAACUCAUUUUCUUCCAGGAAAAGCAGUCUCCCAGACCGGUGAAGCUCUCCAUCGCCACGAUUCCCUGCGAUGGCAAAGUUUUUACAUGGAAAUCCAGUCGGUGAUCGCCCGUUAUAUCAACAUACCUCACUCUUCUCUACAACAAGUCUAUCCGUCGUACAUAACUGACCCCGGGAUGUCGUUCAAAGUCAUCAGAAAUGAUAUUUGUAUGCCCUAUCCUAUUGUUGAUUACGUUGACGUCGAAAGUGUUGAUGAAAAGUAA